CCUUCCAUGGUUGUUUAUGUCGGCAAUGUGAUCGCACCUCGUUGGCGUACACGCUGGGAUUCCCUCUGACAUAUCUAUGAGUGAAUAAUGUUAGAAACCUUCUGAUCAUGCCUGGGACAAAGAACAGAACUAAGGGAAAUGUUAAGCCCUCAAGCAGCAGUCAAGCAGCCCGACUGCUAGCAGAAACUGGAGCAGCACCAACAGGCUUCAUUGGUUUUGGUAGUGGUGGUGGUGGUGGUGGUGGUAUUGCUGCAUAUGUACCAGCUUGUGAAACAUUUGAUGAUGCUGAUUCUACCCUAGAUUCAGAUUUUCGAAUGAUACUCAGAAAGUUGACUAAGAGAGAUUCUACUACAAAAAUCAAGGCAUUAGGAGAAUUUAGUGUGCUAUGUCAGGAGAAAGAUGAUGCAUGUCUGGUCGCCAUUCUGCCCUUUUGGCCUCGUAUUUACAACAAAAUGGCUGUGGAUGUUGAUCACAAAGUUCGAGAAAGUGCCCAGACAGCCAUGGCAGCUUUGGUUGGACGUGUUGGGCGUAAUCUAGCGCCAUACUUGAAGACUGUCAUAGCUGUAUGGAUACUAAGCUGCAAUGAUACAUAUCCAGGUGUUGCAUCAGCUGCUCGCCAAGCUUUUCAAGCAGCUUUUCCUGAAAAGAAACAGAAAGAUGUUUUAAUUUUCUGCAAACAAGUGGUGGUUGAGUAUAUGAUAGACAAUCUUUGUAACCAGACGGCAGCAACACUGAGUGAUCCAAAAACAACUGAAGAAGAAGAAAGAGAGGCAAAAUAUCAGCGAGUGUUAAGCUCAAGUCUGAAAGGACUGCGUCAGCUACUUCAGACUUUGCCUUCUUCUGACGUUGAAGGUAUUAAAGGACACCUGCAAGGUCUUUUAAAUGAUGGAAAGUUCUGGAAGCUGGCUAAGUCACCUGUCCCUAAAGUACGGAGCGAUCUGUUCUUCCUGCUAGGCAGUCUGUGUCAGGUUUUGCCUGAUCUGGCUCAUGAAUACGUUGGGAAAUUGAGUCCACUGAUACUGGGGAGCAUCGACAAUGCCGAUAUCUCUGUUAUAGGGGGCAUAUGGACUGCUGUGCUAUCACUUGUCAAAUUUGUGCCGACCUGCUGGCAGAACAUCAACUGGCAGAAGGCAUUCUGGCCCAAACUGCGUAGUGUUCUUGAAAAUGGAUGUCAGACUGCACCAAGUAUUGUGGCCCCCAACAUCUUGCCCCUUCUGAGCUGCCUGCCAGUAGAACUGGGUGGUGGAGCCAAAGUGUUUUACCCCAAACUACUGGAACAUGCAAAGCUGGGUGUUCUGAAGGGCGUCACAGGCUCUGAUUUUGCCUUUGCUGUAGCAUAUGUUGAGUGCUUACAGUUUGCACUGAAAGAAAUUCUGGAUAAAGAACCCUCAGCCACUGAUGUUGCCGAGUCUCUUUUUCUUGAGCAGCUGGAGGCACUUGUUGAAGCAUCGCUUUUGGAAUCGGCUGUGUCUUUUCAUCAGUCCACUGUCUAUGACAAAGUUGCAUCUUUUGUUACUUUUGUAGAGCAGAAAGCAGAUAGUGUUUGGCUGUCAUCACUUUUCUGGGAAAGGCUAACAUUAGCAGUUCAGGAAUCUUUUGACACUUUGGACAGCUCAGGAGAUAGGUAUCUGAGAUCUGACAGACUGGUAGCAUUUGUCAAGGCUAUGCUGUUAGCCGAGAAAGGUGCUGCCAGAAACGUGGCAUCUGAAGAAAAAGAAAAAAAGUUUGAAAGAUCUGGAGAUGAGAAACUGUCCUCUCUGAAGAAGAAGUUUGUAGACCAAGUUAUGGUGCAGUCAUAUCAGGGUUACAGAGCACAGCAGAGGAGUGUGUAUCUCAAGCUGCUGGCCAAUCUUGCAGACCUUCACUUCCCUGUGAGUUCUGCAGAGCUCUUAGCAAAAGCAUUGGAGGGAGAGAGCAGUCUUGACACUUCAGACAGCAUGCAAUGCCUGUUACCGAUUGAGGUGUGGAAGGCAGACAGUGCAUGUCCAUAUGUAAGUGUAGUGCAGAAGAUUGUGUUGCCAGCACUGUCAGGAGAUGGGAAUAAAAAGCCAGAUGUGGAUUGCAGUAUUACUCUGCUGUUUGCUUGCCUUGCUCACCUAUCAGACACCCACAGUACUGCUAUAUGGGAGGAAGCUUUCAAGGUGCGUAACUGGAACACUCGCUUGAGCCAACUUAUAACAUCUGUGACAGCCCACCAUAAUCUUAAGGAGGAAGAAAUAGCUCAGGCUUGGACAGUCAUCUCCCUUGUACUGUCGGCCAGUGAUAAGAAAGAACCUGUGUUUCCACGCUCAUGCAUUGAGCAGAUCAUCAUUGGCGUACACAGGGAGCUUUUACGGUUGUCAGCCAUCCAUCUUGCCCCACCAGAGGCACAAAAAGCUCUGCAGUUUGUGGCCAGGGCAUCUAUUAUUUUCUUCCAAAGUCUGGAGAUGAGCCUAACACUUCCUGCUACAAAGGACCUGAUGUUGGCCUUGUUGCGCAUUGACCUUGAUUCAGGCUGUUUGAAAGAUGCUAUUACAGAGAAGCUGGCAAGAGAGGCCUGGUGUUGUGGAGUGGGUGCUGUUGUGGCAAACACUGGUGGCUUUGUAAAUGAAGAAGGGGUGCUGCAGAAAAUGUGCUGCCUCAUUCAAAAAGCAGCCAUCAACAUUCCAUCAUUUAAUGAGUAUAAGCAUGUCAUGAGCAUUGUGGAGCUUUUCCUCCAAACUGCUAGCAACAGUCUUCCGGUGGAUGAAAUUGUCCCCAUCAGACCACCCAAUCCUUGUAUUCUGGAAGUUAUCAGACUGCUUUCUGCUGAUGCCAUGAAACCUUGUGAAACUGAGAAAAUUCUUCAUCAUUUAUGUAUGGAUGGCCAGAUUAGCUCAGUCACGCUUGAGAAAACAUUGGAGGGUAGUCCUGAGCAGUCUAGCUUGACUAGAACAGUCUUUUCUUCUCUUUACAAUUUUCAUUUGCUGCACUAUAGUCAGACUGGGACUAUGAGGAUAGACAAGGCGGAAGUGGUCCCAAUUCGUGAAAAUCAAGUAAAGUCAUCAAAUGUUGAGACGAAGGAGUAUGAGGGAGAAAGCAAUGCAAUGUGUCUUUCAAGAAAGUGGGAAACUGAAGAUAUCACUGUGAUGCUCGAUGCUGUGCAAGUGUUGUGCCUGGCACAGUUUUGUCUCAAGAUGGAAGGACAGGUGGAUGCAGACGUGCUAAAAGCAAUGGGUGAGCUGGAAAGGAUGAUUGUGCCCAACCUGAAACACUUGUCAGCAGCAAGUGAGGAACAGAUAAUAAGAACUGCUGUUACAAGGGCAUUUGAAAAAGGUGUUGCUGCAUCUUUAGCUUUGAUGCAGCUUCUUCAGUUUCUUGAGGCUCAUAUAACUGAGCUGGAGAUUAAAGAAGAUUAUCUGUUGACUGGGUGGUCUGUGUGUGUUCAUGUGAAAACACUGCAGCAACAUUUCCAGUGUUUUGCUGAUAGCCAGUUUCCUGAAGAUUCUUCUGCUAAUGUCCUGCAGAUGUUGGUGCCUCUGAUGUCUGCAGAUGUCUUGCUUGAGGUGUUGAAACAACAAGUGUUGGUUUUCCUGAAGCUUAGUGUUGAUUCAUCAUCCUUGGACAAGGCAACUGCUUGCCUACACAUGGUGGUGUCAUGCUUCACAUAUCUGUCACAAGACAAGUGUGAGCAGGCGGUGCAGCAAGUUGUGGCUUGCCUUGCCCAUAUCAAAGAUUCCAGGGAUGCUGCUGACAAUCUUUUCUUGUUUGCCUGUGACAUGUCUGAGAAAUCAUCGUCCUGCUUUUCCUUCAACAUUGGCGUAAUGCAGUGCAUGAUAGUUCUUGUAUGCAAAGGUCACAAGGUCAUAACCCCUGAUCUGUGGGAUUUCAUCCUGUGUUCUCUGGUGUCAUGGAUAGAGAGCCUGAUUGAGACAAAGCUGUCGCUGACCUCAGCUGUUUCUGGAAAGGCGUUUGCUGUGGCUGCAUGUCGGCUGAUGGCCGUGGUGACCAGAUGCAUCCACCAGCAGCUUCCUGCUGACAAGAAGGCCUUUCCACCCAAUCUUGAGAUGGAGUGGAAAGAGUUUUUUAGUGAAGGGCUCUUCUCUGCUCUCCUCCCUUUGUUUGUCAGAUUAGUGGAGGAGGAAGGUACAAAAGAGCAAAAACAAAGAAGUCAUGUAGUCUUUGCUGCCCUUGGAGGUGCCCUGUGCCAGUGUCCUAAAGAGAACAUUAUGGACCACAAGCUGCCCCCUAAAUACCUGGCCUGUGAAGAUACCUCUCCUCUCCCUGACUCCCUCCAGAGCCUCCUGAAUCAUCUGUGCCCACUGCUGACCCACACUUUACGUGCUGUGCAAGUUACUGCAUGUGCACUUUUAGAAAGAGUGAUGGAGGAACUUCCAGGAUAUGAAAAGGAACAGAAAGCAGAUGAUGGACAGAAAGAAGAGGUUUCCAGGUCACCUCCUGUGAUGCUGAUGAAAGUGAUUGAAGAUGGUGCAGCUGCCAUGGACAUUAUACUUUCUGAUGUUGACAUUGAAACUUGUGUUGCCAUGGUGCCAGGCACAGAGGAGUACCAGUUUGCUCUUGGUUACCUGCUUGCCUGGCAACUUGCACUCAUCUUUUUCCACAGUGCAUCAUCUGAGUUGAGAGCAGAGUAUGCAGCUUACUUUAAGGAAAACAAAUAUGUGGAGCAUCUGCUGAACCACUUGUUCAGACUCAUGCCGCACAAUCCUGUUGCUGUGAUGUCCAGACCAUUUGUAGAGACAUCCCCUAGAGCACUACUACCCAGUAUUGUCACUGGAAAGAGUCCAGGGAGAGUUUCCAUGGCUGAGACAACUGAGGCAGAUUCGAGUUUCACUUCUUCCGAGACCAGCAUGUCACCCGAAGAAAGAAUUUAUGUGGGUGUGCUUUGCAGAAAAUGGUUGUGUGGAGGAGGUACAGAGGCUAGCUGCCAUGUGUACACACAUUGCCUGCAAGUUUUGCCAGCCCUGGUGCGGCAGUGGUGGAAAGAUCUAGACAGAAAGAGUGCUGCCUAUGUAGAUAAAUUCACAUCAAAGAAUGUGAGCCCCUAUUUAUGCAAGACAGAAAUUCAGUCAGUCCAAGAAAUGGGAUCAUCUAUUGAAGACAUAACAGUGAAGGCUUGCAGAGCAACGCGAGAAGUGACAGCAACAUAUCAAAUGGAAGAAGUCAACAUAGAGCUCCAGAUUCUGCUCCCAGAAAACUACCCUUUAGGUAAAAUUGCUGUGUCAAGCCAGAGACGGGUUGGUGUCAACCAAUCACAGUGGGAUCGGUGGCUACUGCAGUUAAAUGUGUUCUUACAGCACCAGAAUGGCGGCAUCAUGGAAGGGCUGCGUUUGUGGAAGAGAAACAUUGACAAACGGUUUGAAGGUGUGGAGGAGUGCAUGGUGUGCUAUGCUGUUGUGCAUGGCACAAACUUUCAGCUGCCCCGGGUCCAGUGUCGCACAUGCAAAAAGAAGUUUCAUUCUGCCUGCCUGUACAAGUGGUUUAGUACAAGUCAAAACUCUACCUGUCCCCUGUGCAGAAACCUGUUUUAAUCUGAUGCAGUGUGCCAGUGCUGCCAAUUUUUAUUCCAAGACCAUGUGAUUUCAACAAUGUGUUGUUGAAUGCUCAGGAUGUACAUGUUGGAAAGUUCUCCAGAACCAGAUUUUGUAUUUGCUAUGUUUAUUAUACUGUCAGAGAUGCUUUAGUAUGGCAUUUCUGACAGUUGAUUUGACAGAUGAUUUUUAAGCGGUUUGAGAUAUUCAUGAUUACCCCAACCCAAAUAAAAAGAUCCUGUCAAUUGUUGAAAUUAUUCUGGGCAGCUUUCCUCAAAAUGCUUCACAUAUGGCCAUUUUCAGGAUGCAGAAUGCAAAAAGAUAGCUGGUGAACCUAGCAUAUUGGCUUGGAGAUUUUUAUUAGCCGUUUGCUUUGUUUAUAUGGUAUCUUGACUGUCAUAAAGAAAGUAAAGAUUGCUGUCUUUUUGAAAUAAACCAGAUCUCUCUAUAA